GCGCUGGAUUCUUCAAAAGAUCAGUGAGAAGAGACCGCCAAUACGCUUGUAAAGCUCGGAACCCAGGCAUUUGCCUCGUCGAUAAAGCUCAUAGAAAUCAAUGUCGGGCUUGUCGUCUGUCAAAAUGUCUCAACGCCGGCAUGAAUAAAGAUGCUGUGCAACACGAACGUGGGCCCAGAAAUUCAACUCUACGAAGACAAAUGGCGUACUACUAUGUAGACCCAGCGCUCCCUCCCACAGAUGUGGGUAUGCCUCCACCUCCGCCGUUGGAUUUGGUGGUGAACAAACCACCGACUGCCGCUCCCACAGACCCCACUAAUAUGUUGCCUCCGCCACUGCCGCAACCUGUGCCUAUACCAGCUGCUCCUAUGGUCCCAAUAUAUAAUCCUUAUGGACCUCUCUACAAUGGUAUUAGUCCGUGGCCUGCACCACCCCCUGUCGUAUUGAGAGUGCCAACUCCACCUCCCAUCUCGCUGCCCUCGAUGUCGCCGGAAGCCUUAAGAGAAGCUGGUGCAAAAAUAGUUUUCUUGAACGUCAACUGGGCUAGAUAUGUACCUGGCUUUGAGGGCCUGUCACUUUCCGACAGAACAAUUCUUUUGGAAGAAUCUUGGAAAGAUCUUUUCGUAUUGGGCUUAACCCAAUUGAUAGAACCCAUAAGCUUAAGGGCUCUUAUAGGCCCGAACCAUAGAAUGUUUAAUAUGGUUGCCGUCGAUGAAUUUCAACUAAUCCUUAACGAUUUGUAUACCAUCCGUCCAGAUGGUAAUGAAUAUUCUUGCUUUCGAGCAAUAACUCUUUUUAAUUACAAUUAUCUGAUCACUCAAAGGACACGGCAAUUCGAAGACUUAACUGCCAUAUCUGCAAUUUCAAGCUUUUACCAGUUCUCCUUGCAUCAGUAUGAACUGAGCGUUCACCCUUACGACGUGAGCCGGCUCAGUAACUUUAUGCAUAUAUUGGUCAAAAUGAAAAGAGUAGAGUCCAACAUCAUCGAAGACUUGUUCCUGCGUGCCACAAUUGGGCAUACUUCAGUUGAAAAACUAAUCACCGAGAUGUAUACUACGAAAAGGGAACUACAGAUUUUCUAGAGCUGUGGACCAUUUUGGUACUUGGAUGAAGAGGGGCGGUAUUAGAGCAGAAUCCCCUUCAAGUGCCAAAAUAGUUACAUGGUGGCAUGUAACAAGAUUUUCAAAAUAUGACGUCAUGGUAGUGACUUCUGUGUAAUCUGCUAAUGUUAUGACAUCGUUGGCUAAUAUAGACAGAU